AUGGCUGAACUGCAAUCAUACAAAGGCUACUAUCUUUGGCACUACGUUCCCUCUAAGGCCGCUGCUGUGAUAUUCGCGCUUCUCUUCUUGGCCGCUACUCUCUACCACGUCUGGAAGAUAUGGCGAAUGAAGACCUACUUCUGCAUUUGUUUCGCCCUCGGAGGGUUCUUUGAAUUUGUCGGUUACUGUGCGCGAGCAUCCGCCCACGACAAGACCGGCCGAAUGAUGCCCUACUGCAUCCAAAGCGUAUAUAUCUUACUGGGGCCUGCGCUCUUUGCCGCAACGAUUUACGUGGUCCUGGGUCGCAUCAUCCGAGCCGUCAGAGGAGAACAAUACUCGCUUAUCCGCAUCAACUGGCUUACAAAAGUGUUUGUUACUGGGGAUGUUUUGUCUUUUGUGGUGCAGGAAGGCGCUGCCGGGAUGAUGGGAAAGAUUGUCGUCGGUGGUCUCCUCAUUCAGGUCAUCAUGUUCGGCUUCUUCCUUAUCACAGCGAUCGUCUUCCAGAGUCGGAUGCGGCGGCACCCGAGAGGUCUGUCUACCUCUGUUGAUAUUCCCUGGAAGUCUCACUUGCGUACUCUGCACGUUGUGGGUCUCCUCAUUAUGGUUCGGUCAGUGUUUCGCGUGGCCGAAUUCGCCAUGGGCAAUGACGGUUACCUAUUGAAACACGAGUGGACAUUGUAUGUGUUUGAUGCAACCCUGAUGUGGAUUGUGAUGGUCGUAUUCGCGUACAACUAUCCUGGAGAUAUUAACACUUCCCUAAAAUCUCUGGAAAGUGUCGGACUUUGCGAUAUGGAUCCGAAGCCCUGA